GAAAAGAAACCAACACAUUCAUAUCUAUUUUCUCCAAUUAUCAUAGCUUUCCUUCCACAAAAACUCACCCAACACCAUUCUCUUACUACCCCAACCCCACGCUAUGUGAAGGGGGUUAGGGUUCAGCUCACUGUACUCAAUUAUAUAUGAGCGAGGAAGUUCAUAUUUUGCACUCAAUUUCGUUUUUGGAAAAAUAAUUGGCGUUACAUGCGAAAAUUAGAGCAGGAUACUAGGGUUUUAUGUUGUUACUUGAUUUGAUUGUUGAAUGUGCGGGGAUAAUUAGUUGAAGUAGUAGUUGAAUGGCGCCGGGCCGGAGAAAAGGUGCCAAUAAAGCUGCGGCAGCAGCUGCCGCCCGGCGGGAGUGGAAGGUAGGCGAUCUUGUGCUUGCUAAAGUCAAAGGAUUUCCGGCUUGGCCGGCGGCGGUGAGUGAGCCAGAACAGUGGGGUUACACUGCUGACUCGAAGAAAGUAGUAGUACAUUUUUUUGGUACUGAACAAAUUGCUUUCUGUAAUCAUGCUGAUGUAGAAGAAUUCACAGAAGAGAAGAAGGCAUCUCUAGUAGGAAGACGCCACGGGAAAGGCACGGAUUUUGUCCGAGCAGUGAACGAGAUAAUAAAUUGCUUUGAGAAAUUGAAGAAACAAGAUAAAGUCUCCAAGACUAAUGAUACAGAUGGAACUAAUAUAGCCAAUGAGAACAGAGAUGGGCCUUUGACUGAAUGUGUGAAAGAUGAUGCAGUAGUAGCUACAGUUAAACAACUUUCUACUGGGACCACUCAUGAUCUGAAUUCUUUAACUGAAGCUGCUUUAGCUGCAGCUGCUGAAGAUGCUUUGCAGGAUGAGGACAUGCAAUUGGACGAGAUACCUUCUAAAAGGGUGUCUACAGAAAAACCUAUAUCUGCAACUUAUUUGGCAAGGGAUCAAUCCGAUGUUGCUAGGAAAAGUGGUGCAAGGAGAAGGAAAUUUGUCCCCGUGUUGAGAAGUUCAUCAAGGGUAGCUGCUAAUAAACCCCAAAGUACCUUGAUACCUUCUACCAUCAACACUAGGAGCUCUAGAUGCUCAGGUGCAAAUGCAUCAGAUGAUAGAUCUUUCAGAAGAAGUAAGAGGAUUGUGAAGUCAACUGAUGAUUCUGUUGGUGAGGAUGUUGGCUCAGUUGCUUUUGUAUCAAGUGAUAGCAUUGAAGAGAGUGAUUCUGGAAUUAUGACUGUGGACUCUGACACCCUUAGUAACAAUGAUGACUCUGGUUGUAAGCCAGUGGGAUUGGAGCAGCCCUUCACUGAAAAUACUGAGGGGAACAGUGAGUUAAGCAAUAGCCUUGACUUUCAAAGUAGCAAUAUUAUCUUUAAGAAAAGAAGGAAACUAAACAGAAAAAGACACAAUAAUGAUACUGUUGAGGCAGCUAAACCUGAUGUAGUAGCUUCCGAUGCAGGAAUGCUGAGAAAUGAUUGUGUUUCCCUCACUUUUAGUGAGAAAACAGCCCAAAAGUAUGCUAAGGAUGAUGGAGAUCAACACUUGCCUCUAGUAAAGAGAGCCAGAGUUCGUAUGGGGAUUCUAUCACCACCAGCGGAGGAAGAAGUCACGUUAGUAAUUAAAGAAGAAAAAAUGUCUGAAGCUCCUGGCAGUCUUGUUACAGAGUCCUCUGAGCAUCCAAGUCUCCAGGUAGACGGUGCUGACAAGGAAUCCGUUGGAGAUGGUCCAACCUUUUCAUUUCUAUCGCAUGCAAGUCUUGUGAAGCCUAUCUUUUCUGGUACUAGAAAGAAUUAUGUGGAUGGGGAAGCUGCUUUACCUCCAUCUAAACGCCUUCAUCGUGCCUUGGAGGCUAUGUCUGCUAAUGUUGCUGAAGAUUCUGCACGAUCUUCAGAUUGCUCAGCAGCUCCAAAUAUUCAAAUAAAUGCUCCCUUUUUGGAAAGCUCUGAACUGUCAAUGGGAAAGAGAGCUAAGGUUGAAUUGGAAUCGGAAUCGACUGAGAACCUAAGAAAUGUUGACUCUCUAGUGAAUGCUUCUGAGUUCCGUAUAAAGUCGGAGGCAGAAACCCCAAAAAGUGAUCCAGAAACUAAAACUUGUGGUAUUGAUAGCUCAGAUCCUGUAAGGUACAGAAGAUCAGUUGAAUGUGUGGAAGGUGCUGACAGUAAACGAGUAAAGUUGUACAUGUUAAAUGAUCUUCCUGUAGAACCUGAUGCUGAGCAUCAUGUUAAACAAGAUUCUGUUGAUGUUAGUGAGCAGUCCACUCAUCUGAACUGCAACACAGUCGGUACGACAAUGUCUUUUGCCGAUCACUCCAAGACUCUAUGCUCAGACUUGAAAGAAGUUGCUGAGACAUCUGAUCCUGAUAUUUUGCAGAUGAACUCAGAUUCUAACUAUUUGGAAGGAAGUGCCGGUUGUUCACCUAAUGGUGACACCCGUGUCCUGCUUGAUAGUGCAGAUGGUAAAGGUGAUGAAACAAAUAAGACAAACCACGACAGUAAGCGGACUGAGUUUCUGGAAGAAGCAUGUUCAGCAUCUUUGGGCUCAAGUGUUGUGCUCUCAGAUGAUACUCCUACGAAGGUUCUGAAUAGUAGUCAUCGUCAUUCUAUACUACAUUCCGCUUCAACAUCCUAUGACCAUAUAGAAGAUAGAACUGUUUCAAUCGCUCAGUCUACCUCAUCAUUGACUGAUGGGGCAGAUGGUGCAAAAGCAUCUCCUCCAAGUUCUUCCGGAUGCAACUUAGGUUCGUUAGACAAUAAUAAUGAGCAUUAUAGCUCUUCCAGUACAGAUGCCCCGUUGCAUCUGGAAAAGACUAAACUUGCUGGAAAAUGUACCAGCAAAGGGGAAUCUUUGUCGUCCUUUCAAGCAAUCAUUAGAUCAUUGACAAGAACCAAAGAGAGCAUAGGCCGAGCUACACGGAUAGCAAUUGACUGUGCAAAACUUGGUUUUGCAACAAAGGUGGUGGAAAUACUUGCCUCAAAUUUGGAAAGGGAGUCAACUUUGCGGAAAAAGGUUGACUUGUUUUUACUUGUUGAUUCUAUUACGCAGUGCUCCCGAGGCAUCAAGGGUGAUGGUGGUGUUUUUCCCUCUGCAAUCCAGGCACUUCUACCCCGAUUAUUGUUAGCUGCUGCUCCUGGUCAUAGCUCUUGUGAAAAUCAUCGACAGUGUUUGAAAGUUUUGAGAGUGUGGCAGCAACGAAAGAUCCUUCCUGAAUCAAUAAUCCACCACCAUAUCCGUGAGCUUGAUGUCAUUUGUGGUACGGGUUCAUAUCCUCUUGUUGGCUCUCAUCGACCCUUGAGAAAUGAAAGGGCUUUUGAUGAUCCUAUAAGAGAACUGGAGGGUGUGGAUGAGUAUGGAAGCAAUUCAAGCAUUCAGCUUCCUGGUUUCUGUAUGCCUCAUAUGCUUAGGGAUAUUGAUGGUGGAACUGAUUCCGAUGGAGAGGGCUAUGAAGCUGUUACUCCAGAGCAUAAUGCUAAAAAUAGUGAAGGAGAGAAUACUCCAGUUCCAGCAGUUGAUAAGCGCAUCCAUAUCUUGGAAGAUGUUGAUGGCGAGCUUGAAAUGGAGGAUGUGAUUCCAUGUUGUGAAGGCGAAAUUGCUUCCACCAGUAAUAUUACUGGAGCAGAUCAGAUGAUACCAAAUCAUCAAUCUGAUAACCAUUAUGUGGCACCAUUUACCCCUCAGGAACCUAAGGAGAUGAUACCAAAUCAUCAAUCUGAUAACCAUUAUGAAGCACCUUUUACCCCUCAGGAACCUAAGGAUGGGGCACUUACAUCUGCUUCAUUAUCAAGUUCUAACUUACCUUGCAAGUCAAAGCCUUAUUCUAGUCGUCAGGAAUACAAGAGAGAUUAUCAUGCCAACAGAUCAAAUCUGAGUUUUGUGGCAAGAGUCAAGCCAACGGCUACUGAUGCUGUGCGCCAUUAUGUUCGUGAAAAUAAAGAUCUUGAAGGCCAGAGGCAUAGACAGAUGACCGAUUCUAAUAGUGUUUAUUCGUACGGUGAUCGGCCUACCUCCCAUGUAUCAAGUCGUGCUUCUUAUAGCAACCGACAAACUGAUUCUCUCAACAAGGGUUUUCAUUUGCGACCUCCUCAUCCUGCUCCUUCAAAUCGGUUUUCAUAUAUCCAUGGACAAAGGAUACAAGCACGAAGGAAUACUCCACCAUCUUCACAUUCCAAUAGAUACCACAUACGCGAUGUAGAUAAUGGGAACUUCUAUAAGGUCCGUGGCAGAAAUAAAUUUGUACCACAUGACAAUAUUGGGGAGCGCUGGAGACCUCCAUUUCCGUCAAUCUCUGGUCCAUGCUACCCAGAUGAUCGUUUACCCAUGCAAUACAGCAGUCCUCCUCGUGAGCCACCAUUUCCCAACAAUAGAUGGAAUUUCCCUCCACGACCCAUGAACCACAGGCAUUUUAACAGGUCAUCUUUCGAAGGUCCUGUUCCUGUGGCAAAUAGAGGUCCUUUCUGGAGACCAAGAUAAUAUUUCUGUGACAGCUGCUUCGAACUGGUUGGAUAUGUUUCGAAGCCGUGGCUCGACUUGCCUUAAUACUGUGAGCAAGGAAGAAAAAGAGCAUGAGAUUUCAUUCAAUUGUAUAUAUGCAUUCAGGGGCUGACAGUGUUUACAAAUUUUGACAGUGUUUGCAUUUUUUUAGGAUUUGAAAUUAACAUUGAAUUGUCAUCAACUGUAAUUUCUCUUUGUAAAAAUGUCUGAUGCUAUUGAUAUGUCAGUCAGUAUAUAAUUUCAAGUUGAUUUGUCUGAA